UUACAAUUUCGUGUUCUACGCCUUAAACGUAUCCCUUUGUCUACCCAACGAACUAAAUACGUCGUAAAUAUAUAUGUAUUUGGACUUUACUGUGAUCACAGCGCCGGGUUUCGUUGAAUACAUAAAAGCCGGCGCGAGUUCACCGCUGCCGCCACUCCACGAUCUGCCGCUGUGCGAAUCUUACUUUCUUCUACGUCUAACCAAUUAUUUUAAUUAGAAAUCAUGAGGCAGAGUAUAUUACUGAUUCUGGCGGUUUGUGCUUUCGCGGCUGCCAAUGUUCCCAAGGACAGGCUCCAAGUAACAGAUACCGCUCAACCGACGACACAAACUACCGAAGCAACAGAAACGACGGGAACCGCAGAAAUGACACAGGCAUCUGGAAAUAAGCCCAUAAUUUGCGCCCCGACUACUCCUUGCGCCUGGACUGUUUAUUCGCCAGUUUCUAAGAUGAUACAGACUAACAUGACAAACAGAUUCUGCAUUUGCUCAGCCGACACCACAUGCGCUAUUACCGAAGACGAUACAGAAGUGCACGCGUACAUUCACAGAUGCACUCGCAUUGAUCCCGACUCGUAGUAGUUUUGUAUGCUGACAACUUAUUGCACCGCUAUAGAAUAGCUUGUUCAUUUAUACAAAGUCUUGGCUAGACGAGAGUACUUAAAAAUAGCCGGUUAGAGCCGCAAAACUUCAUUUAUUAUAUAUUCAUUAUAAUUUUCAUUAUCCAUUUUUACAUGUUGAUAAAUAUAUAAUAUUGCAUGUCGACAUACACCGCUAUAACUCACAUGUUCUGUUGUUUUUCGUUAUUAUUUUCUAAUUUAAUGAAAGUAUAAUUAUUGUUUUAUCAUUCGUCAAUGCCGCCACGCUUCCGCCGAUUAUUAAUAUUAGUAUGUAAGUUUAGGUUAAGUUUUUAAGCGAGAAUUAACUUUUGAUUUUGUAUGUUUAAGUACCAGUAUCUUAACAGCCAUUUGAACAUAAUGAACAAGUUCGUAUUUUUUAAAGUUCCUAUUAUCAUUUUAUAGUAUGAGUCAUAUGCGGCAUGGUUUGUGCCACCUCGAUAAUAUGUACUCAUGGAUGACAUAAUAAAGUUAAGUGAUGUUUAAGUACGUUUAAUUAAGUUUUUGACUAAAUAAAAGUGUCGAUUAAUACCUGA